AUGGAUUUCUAUUUCAUAUGGACGAGUCAUGGAGAGCAGUGUGGUUACACCGGUGAAGCAUCGACAAGCAACAUUCAAAACCAUGUUGGUGAAAUGAAUGCAGAUUUUCCAAGGGAAAAUAUUGAUGAGGAAUUUCAUGAAACUAGUAUACCACACGUUGGAUCCGAUGAGAAUAAUUCUGAGGAACCAUGUGAAGAUGCGAGCAUGUUUUUCAAGAGAUUAAAGGAUGCACAACAACCAAUCUAUGAGGGUUGUCGUGAAGGGCUUUCAGGACUAUCGUUGUCAUCACGACUCCUGACUAUAAAGACCGAUCAUAAUUUGCCUGAGGUGUGCUUGGAUGCAAUCUGUGAGGCGUUCACCGAUUAUCUGCCAGCGAAUAAUAGAGCGCCAAAAUCAUACUAUGAGAUGAAGAAGCUGACACGGUCUCUCGGAUUGCCUAUGCACAAGAUAGAUGUUUGUCAGGACAAUUGCAUGUUGUUUUGGAAAGGUGAUGACAAAUUACUGAAAUGUCGUUUUUGCGGGAAAGAUAGGUAUAAACCAAAGCCAGGAGGUGGAGGGAAAAAGGUCCCUUAUCAGAGGAUGUUUUAUAUGCCUAUUGGAGAUAGGUUGAAGCGUUUAUACCAAUCGGAAAGGACAGCAUCGCACAUGAGGUGGCACGCAGAGCAUUUGUCUCCCGAAGUCGAGAUGCAUCACCCAUCAGAUGGGGAAGCAUGGAAACACUUCAAUAAGGUAUAUCCUCAAUUUGCUGUGGAGCAUAGAAAUGUUUAUCUCGCCUUAUCGACAGAUGGUUUUAACCCCGGAGGAAUGCAUAGUCGAGAUCAUUCGGUGUGGCCUGUUAUAGUUACGCCAUACAAUUUGACACCUGAUAUGUGCAUGAAGAAAGAAAAUUUGUUUCUUUCUAUUUUAGUUCCUGGCCCUAAGCAUCCCAAGAAAAGUCUGGAUAUUUUCUUGCAGCCAUUGAUUGAUGAAUUGAAGGAUUUAUGGACAAACGGCAUCCAAGCUUAUGAUGUCUCGAAGAAACAAAAUUUUGUGAUGCGAGCGGUCUUAAUGUGGACAAUAAGUGACUUUCCAGCUUACGGUAUGCUUUCUGGAUGGAUGACCCAUGGACGACUUGCUUGUCCGUGUUGUCUCGAUGAAACACAAUCAUUCUGGUUAAGGAAUGGGAGAAAACAUAGUUGGUUCGACUGCCACAGGAGAUUUUUGCCUGAAGAUCAUGCUUACCGGAAAAAUGUUCGGAGUUUCACAAAGAACAAAUCAAUUAGUGAUUUACCACCUCCAUUCUUGAGUGGUGAAGAAGUGCUUUACGAGAGAAUCAACCAGAUAGAAGGGGUUUUGAGAUCUGUUAAUUGUGGAGGUAAUGGACAUAUACCUCGGAAUAUUAAUGGUUACGGUGAAUAUCACAAUUGGAUAAAGAAGAGUAUUUUUUGGGAGUUACCGUAUUGGGAAAAUCAGUUGCUUCGACAUAAUCUCGAUGUUAUGCAUAUUGAGAAGAUUUUUUUCGACAAUAUCAUGAAUACGGUAUUGAAUGUGCCUGGAAAGACGAAAGAUAACCUAAAGACAAGGUUAGACUUGCCUACGUUGUGCAAUAGAAAAGGAUUGGAGGUGAAAGAUGGAAAGUCACCGUUUCCUAUCUUUAGAUUAUCAAACGAAGCACGAAAAAUCUUUCUCCGGUGGUUAAAGCGAGAGAUUAAAUUUCCGGAUGGCUAUGUUGCUGAUAUAUCAGCUUGUGUAGACGAGGAAAAUUGGAGGCUUACAAAAUUAAAAAGUCAUGAUUCUCACGUUAUUAUGCAACGUCUAAUUCCAAUAGCAUUUUCAGAACUACUUCCACGAACAGUCCAUACAGCAAUAGCAGGUACUUAA